UUCCAAAGAAGAAUCUUGUCAAGGAGGCAGUUAAAAAAGCCAGCAUCUGAAACUGGUCACUUCUCUUGGGCUCUGGAUUCCUGGCUCGGGACUUCACCCUAAAAAGAUUGCACUUUUCUGCUACCUGAAAUAUCGUAGUGAGGGUUCUUCUAUGAAGAACUGGACAUAGAGAAUCAUGGUGCCAUUUAAGAUGCCCAUUAUGGUCCUGACCCUGUACCUGCUUCAGGGUACAGGUGCAUCCCUCAUUAAGCUGAAUGGAAAUGGCUAUGAAGACGUGGUCAUUGCAAUUGACCCAAAUGUACCAGAGGAUGAAAAACUUAUUCAGCAAAUAGAGGACAUGAUCUCAGAGGCAUCAACUUACUUAUAUAGAGCGACAGAAAAAAGAUUUUACUUCGAAAGCGUUUCCAUCUUGAUUCCCAAGACAUGGCAGCCAAAAUCAGAUUAUGAGAAACCAAAACAUGAGACCUACAAAAAUGCAGAUAUCAUCAUUGAAGUUCCUAAUUCCCCAGGCAAUGAUAUUCCACGAAAUGACCAGUUUGGAAAAUGUGGAGAGAGGGGAGAGAGAAUUUAUUUAACUCCUCGGAUCAUCCGGGGAGAAAUGUUGAAUGUAUUUGGACCAAAAGGUAAAGUUUUAGUUCAUGAAUGGGCUCAUUUUCGGUGGGGUGUAUUUGAGGAAUACAAUGAAGACAAUCCUUUCUACCAGUUUGAUGGAAAAAAUGUACCAGUAAAGUGUUCUGAGGGUAUCACUGGUACAAAUAAGGUAUAUGCAUGUUCUGGAGGAAGCUGUUCCAUCAGAGAUUGUUGGACAGAUCCCAAAACAGGAAAGUUAAACAAAGACUGUAUGUUCAUACCCGAUAAAGUUCAGAGUGAGAAAGCCUCCAUUAUGUUCAUGCAAAGCAUCGAUUCUGUGGUUGAAUUUUGUACAGAAAAGAACCAUAAUAGAUUUGCUCCCAAUCUUCAAAACAAGAUGUGCUACCUCAAGAGUACAUGGGAAGUGAUUCAGGAUUCAGAAGACUAUAAAAAAUCAACUCCGAUGAUGGCAGCAGAACCACCCAAGUCCAGAUUCUCACUGAAGCAGAUAGGAGAAAGAAUCCUGGUUUUAGUUAUAGAUACGUCUAGAAGCAUGAAGGUUGGAAACCGGCUGAAUCGACUAAGGCAAGCCUUGCAAUUCUUCCUGCUUCAGAUCAUUGAAAAAGGAUCAUGGACUGGAAUAGUCACAUUUGACAGUUCAGCCACUAUACAAAGUGAACUGAUGCAAAUAGAGUCUGACGUUCAGCGGAAGACACUCAUUUCAAGGUUACCUACUGUUACUGUUGCUGGAGGAGGAGCACACAUCUGCUCUGGACUCAGAACAGCAUUUAUGGUAGUUAAAAAGAAAUUCUUAACUGAUGGUUCAGAAAUGGUCCUUUUGACUGAUGGAGAAGACAAUACAACCAACACAUGUUUUGAGGAAGUGAAACAAAGUGGAGCCAUUAUCCACACAAUUGUUUUGGGACCUUCUACAGAGAAAGGCCUGGAGAAAUUGUCAGAAAUGACAGGAGGUAUGAAGACAACCGCUACAGACAAUGUCCAGAACAAUGGACUCAUUGAUGCAUUCAGUGCCCUCUCAUCAGGAAAUGCAGCCAUCACUCAAAGGUCCAUCGAGCUUGAAAGUAAGGGAAUCACUCUGACAAAUGAAGGCUGGAUGAAUGGCACAGUUAUUUUUGACAACACAGUAGGAAAAGACACUCUAUUUCUUGUCACGUGGACAGCACAACAACCUGAAAUGUUUGUCACGGAUCCCAGUGGCAACAUAUAUAAAAAUUUUGCAGUGGAAACAAGCUCCCAAAUGGCAUACCUCCAAAUACCAAACACUGCCCAGGUUGGAAUUUGGACUUAUAGCCUGAAAUCAAGUGCACAAACCCUGACUCUGACAAUAACCUCUCGUGCUGCAAAUCCUACUGUACCCCCCUUCACGGUGGACUCUAGAAUGCAUAAAGACACCAGCAGCUUCCCUAGCCCAAUGAUUGUUUAUGCAGAAGUUCAUCAAGGAUCCUUGCCUAUUUUAGGAGCCAAUGUAACAGCUCUCAUUGAAUCGGCAGAUGGAACAACAGUGACACUGCAACUCCUGGACAAUGGUGCAGGUGCUGAUUCUUUCAAGAAUGAUGGGGUCUACUCAAGAUAUUUCCUAGGCUAUAAAACAGAUGGUCAAUACAGCUUAAAAGUGAGAGCCCUGGGAAGAACAAACACCCAAAGGUCAAGAUCCCAAGUGAAUAGAGCCAUGUACAUACAAGGCUCAAUAAACCAAGCAGGUCAAAUCCAAGUUAAUAAACCAAAACCUACAGUUGGUCCAUUUAUAUCUCAAACUGGUUUUAAUGUAGUAUCCUCAGGAGGUUCGUUUUACGUAUCAAAUGUUCCCAGUUCUCAGCCUUCUAAGCCUUCCCAGCCUUCUCAGCCUUCCCAGCCAUCUCGGCCUUCCCAGCCAUCUCGGCCUUCCCAGCCAUCUCGGCCUUCCCGGCCAUCUCGGCCUUCCCGGCCUUCCCGGCCUUCCCAGCCUGAUGUGCUUGAUACGCCUGAUGUAUUCCCGCCAAGUCGAAUCAGGGACCUAGAUGCUAGUGUUGAAAAAGGUCACAUUCGUCUGACCUGGACAGCCCCCGGGGAUGACUUUGAUACAGGACGAGCUGAUCGGUAUAUUAUAAGAAUGAGCAAAGAUUUACCUACCCUAAGCUCAUACUUUGAUUCUGCUCUUCAAGUGAAUACUGAUAACCUCAUUCCAAAUUAUGCCAACUCCAAGGAAGUCUUCGUGUUCAAACCAAAAGGCCUCAGAAUAGAAAAUGGCACCGUCAUCUAUCUGGCUAUUAAGGCUGUUGAUAAAGCCAACUUGAUGUCUCCCAUCUCCAACAUUGCUCAAGUAUAUAUGUUCACUAGUUCUCCAAAAGAUCAAAAUGAUUCCAGUCCUGGUACUAGCAUUUCAAUAAUAGUGCUAUCUGUGGUUGGCAUCCUUGUAGCUAUUGCUAUCAUUGCAUGUGUCAUAGUGUAUCUUUUGAGCAAUACAAGAACACAAGACUAAAGAUGGAAUAAUUAUAAUAUCAGUACAAAAUAAAAGGAUUCUCUGAA